AUGGAAGCAGCCAUGUCAAAUGACCCCAGGUCUGGCGGAGACGCCCAGUCCCAAGACGAGGGCGUCUUCAAAAGGGGUCACGAUGAAACUGUCGUGGAGAAGGUUUAUGGACAAGAUAUUGAAACGGAACACGCCCACGCCCUCGAGUCACACCUCAAUGCCACCGAGGAUGAUGUCCUCGAAGCCAAAGAGCUGGCUGCCUCCAUGAGCCUCGAGAGUGUCCGCGCGUUGAUGACCAACGUACUGGCAAUUCACGAUGGUGAUCCCAACUUUCCUUACCUGACAAUCCAAAACAUUAAAGAGUUUCUUGCCAACGACGAUAUCAUGGCACACCCCGAAAAGCACGAGCAGCUUGUCGAGGAAAUGAAGCUCGAGGCGGCCAUCAUUACGCACAACAGCCCUAUGCCGAGCGUAUUCUUGUCCUUUGUCAACCAGCUUUUCUCCAUCCGCCAGCCGGCCAUCAAGUUUGACACAAACAUUGCCCAGCUUCUCGCCUUUCCCCUCGGCAAGGCCUGGGAGCGCUGGAUGCCCCGGUACGAGUUUGCCCUUCCGUUUACGGGCACCAAGAUCAACAUAAACCCGGGCCCCUUCAACAAAAAGGAACACAUGCUCAUUGCAAUCAUGGCCAACACGUCCAGGAGCCUGCCGUAUACAAACUACAUCAUCUGGACCCAGGUGCUGCCGCAGUAUUUCAACCAGCAGUACGCGCGCAACUUUGGCUACAUGUUCACCAAUGCCUUUGCGACCAACUUCCUGGGCUACGGUCUUGCUGGCUUGACAAGAAAGUUUCUCGUCUACCCGUCAUACUGCGUGUGGCCCAUGUCCCUCGUCACCAUUGCCCUCAACACGGCGCUGCACAAGGAAUCCAACCAGCCCGUUCUGGGCCCUUUUAACAAGACAUGGUCCAUGUCGCGCUAUCGCUUUUUCCUCGCCUUGUCGUACUUUACUUGGAUGACUUGGAUCGCGCCGGACAAUAUCAAACUGAAUAUCCUGACUGGCAUGCAAAACGGACUUGGAUUGUUCAACCCCAUCCCGACCUUGGACUGGAACGUCAUCUGCUUCAACACCGACCCUCUGAAUCAGAUGGUACCGUCAUUCACGACCUUCAACGCCGUGGCCGGCAUGUUCAUCACCGGCCUCUUUGUCCUGGCCGUGUGGUUUACAAAUGUCUGGAACACGGGUUACCUGCCCAUCAACACCAACCGUGUGUACGACCACUUUGGCAAAAUGUACAACGUCUCGCGCGCCCUCGACGAGCACGGCAUGUUUGACCUAAAAAAGUACACGAACUACUCGGCCCCCUACAUGGGCGCCGCCAACGCGCUUCUCUACGGCUGGUUCUUUGCCAUUUACACGGCCAUCCUGACGCACGUCAUCCUGCACCAGCGGUACGAGAUCAAAAUGGGCUUCCGGAACCUCUUCCGCGGCCUUCGCUUCCGCAAGAAGAAGGCGACGACCGAGACGGCCAACGAGCAGAGAUCCGAGGGGGCGUAUUCGGAUGUGCACAACCGCUUGAUGGCGGCGUAUCCCGAAGUUUCCGAGUGGUGGUACUUUGGCAUCUUGGUCAUCUCGGUCGUCUUUGGCGUCCUCGGCAUCGCCCUGUGGCCUACGUACACCUCGCCAGCCGUGGUCCUGUACGGCAUCGCCCUGUGCCUCAUCUUUGUCAUCCCCAUUGGCGUGACGGUCAGCAUGACGGGCAUCGAGAUUACCCUCAACGUCCUGGCCGAGUUUAUCGGCGGCGUGAUUGUGGAGGGGAAUGCGCUGGCCAUGAACUUUUUCAAGUCGUAUGGCUACGUGACCUGUGCCCACGCCAUUUCCUUUGCCAACGACUUGAAGCUUGCUCACUACGUCAAGGUAAGAUCCUCCCGUGUCACCUUUGUCGGACAAAUGCUUGCCACGCUCAUUUCGACUCUCAUCUGUACGGGAGUCAUGAAAUUCCAGAUGGACAUCAAGAACGUUCGCACAACGGCUGCGCCCAUGAGGUUCCUGUGUCCCGGCCCCAACACAUUCAUGACGGCCUCUGUCCUCUGGGGAACCAUUGGCCCCGUCAAGGUAUUUGGCAUCAACGGGCAGUACAAGUGGCUGCUGAUGGGGUUCCCGGUUGGCAUCGUCCUCGUCACGGCCGUAUGGGGGCUCAAGAAGAUGUGGCCCAACUCGCGGGCGCUGCGGCAGAUCCAUGUCGUGGCCGCCAUUGCCGGGUCGCUGCAGUGGGCGCCCUACAGCUUCUCGUACGCGUGGCCGGCCGUGCCCGUCGCGUGGUUCUCGUGGAUCUACAUCCGCGGGCGGUACCUGGCGCUGUGGUCCAAGUACAACUUCGUGCUGUCGGCGUCGUUUUCGGCGGGCGUAGCCAUCUCGGCCAUCAUCAUGCUCUUCUCGGUCCAGUGGGCCGGCAUCAAGAUCGAGUGGUGGGGGAACACGCAGCCGUUUCAGGGCUGCGAGGAGACGGCCUGCACCGUCUAUGCUCUGGCCGAGGGCGAGCGCUUCUUUCCCUGGUGGGACCGCACCAAGACUCCUGCCCCGUAG